UUGAAAGCGUGGAUGAAUGAGCGGGGGAGGGCAAAAACGCGCUCCAAACAUCCAUAUCAAACCAAGGAGACCAGCUUCCCAAAUUGAGUGUGCAACACACAGAGCUUUGAACCGUGGCUUACUCGUGCGGUUCCAAUACUGAGCGAGGAGCAAAACAUUUUUUAAAGGCUUUUGAAAGAAAUUAUCGGUUUAUAACAAUAUGGUGAAAGGAGAGGGCGCAGAGCAGUAUUCCGCGUCAAGUCUAUUACCAAAAAAAACAAGAAGUCAAGAUGGAAUCAAAAUUGCCAAGCUGCGGGACGAAAGCGGCCGUCUAUCAGUGUGCAGUAAGUUGUGCUAUGCCAUUGGAGGGGCUCCCUAUCAGAUCACUGGCAGUGCUCUGGGCUUCUUCCUCCAGAUCUACCUGCUGGAUGUGGCCCAGCUGGACACAUUCUAUGCCUCUAUCAUUUUGUUUGUGGGCCGGGCCUGGGAUGCAGUGACAGACCCAACGGUGGGCUUCCUGGUGAGCCGGAGCAGAUGGACCCGGUGUGGCCGGAUGAUGCCCUGGAUCCUCAUCUCCACUCCCUUUGCAGUACUCACGUACUUCCUGAUCUGGUAUGUCCCUUCAGUGGAGCAGUGGAAGGUCCUGUGGUAUCUGAUCUUCUACUGCCUAUUCCAGUCUCUGCAGACGUGCUUCCAUGUGCCAUACUCAGCGCUCACCAUGUUCAUCAGCAUGGACCAGAAAGAGAGAGACUCUGCCACGGCCUACCGUAUGACGGCGGAGGUGCUGGGCUCGGUGGUUGGCACAGCGAUCCAGGGGCAGAUUGUGGGUGGGGCGAUCACCCCCUGUCUCCCGGGUAACCUGGAAGUUCUUGACAACGGUAACACCACACUGCUGGGGUCAGACGUCAACAUCUCCCACAUAUCCCUGGAUGAAACGAAACAAGCCUACCUCAUUGCCUCAGCAGUCAUCUGUGUCAUAUAUGUUCUCUGUGCAGCAGUCCUGUUCCUGGGAGUCAGAGAGCAGGAAGAGUGCGGGCGUCUGAAGACAGAGCCCAUGUCGUUCUUUGAGGGCAUGAGGAUGGUGAUGGGAUAUGGACCGUAUGUCAAACUGGUCAUGGGAUUCCUCUUCACGUCGCUGGCCUUCAUGCUCCUGGAGGGGAACUUUGCCCUGUUCAUCAGCUACACCAUGGGCUUCAGAAAUGACUUCCAGAACAUUCUCCUGGUCAUUAUGCUCUCUGGGACUUUGUCCAUUCCAUUCUGGCAAUGGUUCCUGACCAGAUUUGGGAAGAAGACUGCAGUCUACAUUGGCAUCACGUGGGCAGUGCCCUUCAUGAUCCUGAUCGUCUGCAUAGAGAGCAGUCUGAUUGUGGCCUAUGUGGUCUCUGUGGCAGCAGGGGUCAGUGUGGCUGCAGCUUUCCUCCUACCCUGGUCAAUGCUCCCAGAUGUGGUGGAUGAUUUCAAAGUGAAGAAUCCAGACUCUAGUGGCCACGAGGCCAUUUUCUACUCUUUCUAUGUCUUCUUCACCAAGUUUGCCUCAGGAAUCUCCCUCGGCAUCUCCACUCUCAGUCUUGAGGCUGUUGAUAUUCAAGACCUACCCCAUCGACGAGGAGAGGAGGCAAGGCAACAGGAAACUACUGCAGGCGAUGCGGGACAGCAAUCAGGAUUCCGAUACGGAGUCCACAGAGCUUGGGAGCGUUGUGUAGGAGCCCUGAGAGAGAGGGUCCAGUCGAAAGGCCACAACUGUCCCGCGUGUUUGCACUGGCAGGCUGGAGUGUUUGGGGUUUCAUUGGAACUAACAGUAGAAAAACCAGACGACACUGGCUGCUUCCUACCUGAUGCUACAUGAACGCAAUGGCCCUUGUCUCCAAAGGAUUCAACUGGCUUACAGAGACCCCUAUUGGACAUUCUGUGUCAUCGCCCUCUCUGUGGCCUGUCUAUUGCCUGCUGUACUAUGUAUUUGUGGUAUUGGUUUAUGUGUCUGUUUGCAUAACAAACAUUGGUUUGGGAUAAAAAAAAAAAUGAGGGGGGGGGGGUUACCCUUCAAAUCUAACAUUUGAAUGAUGUUUGUCUACCUGAACCAAGUAUUGGCUGGGAAGCCUUUGUCAGCAGAGGAAAAAAAUAUUUUCCAUCCAGAAAGGGUGGUCCUCAUAGAGGGAAGAUUUCAGUCCUCAUUUUUAGGGCAUACCAGUAACUUGUUCUAUCUAGACUGUGUUUUAUAUGGUUAAGUUUUAAUGUAAAUAAUAUUCACUUAUCUCGAGAGUAAUACCCUCCUUUAGGGACGUGGAGAGCACAUAACUGUUCCAUUUCAGACAAUCUUAUCCAUUCACUGGAAUUAUAUUGGUGUCUUGUGGGGAAAAGGAACCUUGAAAAAUAAACUAACCUUAAUGAACUCAUUAACAUUGCCAUUGAUGUCUGGAUUUCAGACUUCCUGUAUCUAGGCUAGUUGAAUUCCACCUUAUUAUUACUGCCUUAACACAUCUUGUACUUUGGAAACCUUGUAAUUGCAAUGAGAUUUUCUGUAUAACAGUUUUUACUUCUAUUUGGUCAAAGCUGUUUCUCUCACACGGUGCCAAGACCUCCCUUUUUUAAAAAGUUGACUUUGAGCAUGAACAGUCCAACUUUGCCAUUGGCAUGCUGAUUGCUGGAUGUCCAACAGAGCUGUUGCCAGAGUAUUUAAUGUUAUUUUCUCUACCAUACGCCGCCUCCAAUGUUAUUAGAGAAUUUGGCAAUACAUCCAACCCAGCCUCACACCUGCAGACCCCAUCCCAGGAUCUCAACAUCCGGCUUCUUCACCUGCGGGAUCGUCUGGGACCGGGCAGCUGAUGAAACGGAGUAUUUCUGUCUGUAAUAAAGCCCUUUAGUGGGGAUUUUUCUUCUGAUUGGCCCGGGUCUGGCUCCCAAAGUAAGUGGGCAUAGGCCCACCCAUGGCUGCAGCCCUGCCCAGUCAUGUGAAAGCCAUAGAUUUCACAUGGGCCAAAUUAAUUUAUAACAGUUGACUUAUUUCCUUAUGAACUGUAAUUCAGUGAAAAAAUUGCAUGUUGCACUCAUUUUUUGUUCAGUGUAGUUUGUCAGCUAAGCUAGCCACUUUUAGCUAGACUGGGUACUCAGAUAAACACAAGGUCAAAUCAUGGCGUCAGUGAUCUUCAGGUUGGAAAGUCGUAGCUCUAGAAAGAGGCCGAGUUCCCGAGAUUGAAUUCUGAGUUGGAUGACCACUCAAAUCGAUUUUUUUUUUUUUCUCCUCCCCUUUUAGAAUGCACUGUAGUCAGAAGUUUGAGAUUUGAGUUCCAAUUUGUUUUGAACUUAAUCUCCAGUAUGUGUUGACAUCUCACAGGAUUUGUUUUUGGACAGAUGGGUAAGAAAUGGUAUCUCUGUAGCCAAAUAUCUUCUAACAUUUUUGUUUUUAAGCAUUACAUGACCUGGUAUCAUGGUGCAUUGAUAUACCGUUUUUGAUAUGCAGAUUUUCUCCCAAAGUCAACCUUUAAAAAAAUAAAAAAAGAACCUUGGAUAGUGGGAAAA